AUGGAAUAUUGUCGUAAAAAAAUCGAGGAGUUACUAAAAUUAAAAGGGGUUGGAGAAGAUGAACCUACAAAUAAGGCUAACAACUUUUUAAUGACCAAACUAUUAAAUGAUGUUGUUGAAAUUGUUAAGUUAAUAAAUAAAUUAUCAAUCACUAAAUCAGACAAUAAUAAUACAGAUCUAACAUCAAAUAAUGAAGAUAUUAAUAUUUUAAAAAAUAAUUUAUUAAAAAUUAUUUAUGACUUGUUAAUAUAUAGUACAAAUGAUGAAAAUCAAAAAAAAAUAUUAUCAGAAAAUUAUGAAAAUGAUACUAUACCAGAAUUAGGAGAUGAAGAAAAUUAUCAUAUUACAUCAUCAGUAUUAGAAGAAAUAAUUCAAAGGUCACAACACUUUUUACAACUUUUUAAUUUAAAUAAUGUAGACACCAUAUUAUCAGAUUUUCAGAAUAGCCAGCUUAAUAAUGAUAAAAAUAGGGUAUACCAAAAAUCAAAUACUAAUAUAAAAUUCGAGCACAAAAUUAAAAGUGAUAAUAUUAAUUUAACUAAUGCAAAUUCAGAUGAAGAUGAAAAUGAAGGGAAUAAUAAAGAGAUAAAUUCUAUUUAUAAAAAUAUGAUAAAUAUAGAUAUUUUACAAACACAUGAAUUAAAUGAAACAAAGGAUGGAAAAAAAAACGAUAAAAAUAAAACAACAAAAAAAAGAAAAAAGAAUAAUCAAAAUGAUAAUACAAAUAUAAAUCUAAUGAAAGAAAAUGAACAUAAUAAAAUAAAAAAAAGAAAAUUCUCAUCAAAUAAUAUUAAAAAUAAUAUUAAAACUUCCUGGCUACAUUUAAUAAAUAAUUAUGCAAAAUAUUUCAUACCACGCAUAUUUAUAAAACAUAACAAACUAAUCGAUUUAGAAAAUAAUUUAAUCGAAGCUAUGAAAUAUCAAGAAAGUAUAAUAAAAAUGAAAAAAAAAGCACUACUAUAUAAUGAGCAAUAUAAAAAUAAUGAGCUAAACGAUAUUAGCAGUAUCGAGAUUGUGAAUAAAAUAUUUAAAGAAAAGGAAGUAAAAGAUUUCGAUGCGUUGAGUAAUGUUAGUGAAAUUAGUGAACUAGACAAAUGUGAUAAAGAAGAAAUAGACAAACAAAUUGAAAAAAUAUUUAAAGUAGAAAAACAUUACAAUGAUAUGAUUUCAAAACCAGAUUCAACCAUUUUAAAAGAUACAACUAUUAAUGAAUACUUCUUUUAUAAAUUAUUAAAAAAUAUAGAUAAAAAAAUAAAUACAUAUUGUGAAAAUAUAAACCUUGUAAUAGAUAAUCCUUAUACAUACGAAAUAAAUAACUUAAUAAAUAUGUACACAAAUCAUGAUAAUAAUUUAGGAAAAUUUUUGAAUAUAAAAAAGGAUUUAUCAAAACCAAUAAAUAUAAAUAUGAAGGAAUAUAAAAUAAUAAAUGAUAAAAAUAAUUUAAUAAAUAUGAUAAAUAUAAUUAAAAAUAUGCAUGAUAAAAUAUCUAUAAUAAGCUUAGUAGAUUAUAAAAAUAGUUAUCAUGGUUUUACUUCUAUAAUUUUAGUAGGAACAAAAGAUGUAGAUUAUAUUAUAGAUGUUUUUGAUAUGUUUGAAGAUAUUUAUUUAUUAAAUGAAAUAACAACAGAUCCUAAUAUAUUAAAAAUAACAUAUAAUGCUGAAAAUUUAAUUUUAUUUUUUCAAAAAGAUUUUUCAAUUUAUUUUAUAAAUAUUAUUGAUUUAUUAUUAUGUGCUAAUUGUUUAAAUAUAAAAAAUAGUAUUCCCUAUUUAGUUUUCAAUUAUUUUAAUGUUAAUAUUGGUUUGACAUCUAUCACUUCGGUUCCAUUAGAUAGACCACUUAUUUCAGAAUCCAUUCAAAUUUUUAAAACACAUUCUCAUUAUUUAUAUUAUUUAUUCGAUUAUGUAAUAACGGAUCUAUAUUAUAACUACCUUUUUAAUCGCGUUAAGAAGGAAAAUGGUGAUUCCGACCAUGAUGAGCAAAAAGAAGAUUGUAUAAAAAAUGUAGAAAACCACUGCCACGAUUUAAAUUAUUCAAAACAAGUUAGCAAUAUAUAUAAUACUAAUGUUUAUGUAAAUUUUGAGGAAAUAAAAUUUUCAGAUCUAACUGAUGAAGAAGAAAAACAAGGAGUCGAAAUAUUGAAAACAAUGUUUAUUGAAAGUAAUAAAAUAUGCUUAACAAAAUAUGAAAUAAAAAAUGAAAAUGAUAAUAUAUUAAAAACAAAGGAACAAAUAAAACUAAUUAUAAACACUUCUUACAAUACAACAUGUUGUGAUAAAUUAAUAGAAAAUAUAUUAAUAUGGAGAGAAAAAUUAUCUAAAAAAAUAGAUUCACCAAUUGAUAGUAUUCUUAAUAUUCAAAAUAUAAUCUCUAUUAUAUUAAAUGAUGCAACAUCUAUAUCAAAUUUAAAAAAUAGUAUCACUCCUUUAAAUAAUGUCAUAUCAGAAAAUAUAGAAUCAUUAUUUGAAGUUAUUGUUAAAUCAAAUGUAAAUAAUACAAAUCUUAAUAUUAGUAAUAAUAAAAGUAAAAGAGGAAAUACAUUUUUCUAUCAUAACUAUCUUGAAAAUUCAAAUAAAAAUGAUGUCUCUUCAGACAUUAAAUCAAAUCUAAUUUCAUUUUCUAACAAUAAUAACAUAAAAAAUGAAUUAAAAACUUAUGAAAACAAUAUUAUAGUUCCUAAAAUGUAUUUUCAAUCUAUAUCAAAUAAUACUACAAGCGAAAAUGAAACAACCCAUUUAGAUAAAGACGAUGAAAUAUUUACUUUAGAAAAAACAUUUUUUAGUGAAAAUCAAAAUGAUAUAAAUUAUAAAUAUGAAAAAAAAAAUAAUAAUUUUAUUAAUUACAAUUUGAAAUAUGAAAAUUAUACUCGUUUAUCUUCAUUAAUUAUUUCGAUGAGCCAAAGAAAAGAACAAAUAUUAAAUGAACGUGCAACCAAGUCCUCUACUAAUAAUAUAAAAGAGGAUGAUCCAUUGAAAGUAAAGAAAGACAUCUUUAAAAAUAAAAAAAAACACCCUAGCAAUGACAACAAAAAUAAGCAACUAUACAAAUCUUACAACAAUCUAUAUAAUAUCAAAAAUAAAAAAGGAAAAAUGAAUGGAAAAAAUAUUUUAGAUGAAAUUAUGUAA